AUGGGAUCUAAUGUUCCCCUCUUUAUAAACCUCACAAUUCUAGCUGCAGUGAUAUUUUGAACAGAGAAUUCGUUGUUGAUAUCCGCAUUGUUCAUUUCAGUGUCAACAUCGCGAAUAAUAUAUUUGGUGAUGAUGUUUGUAUCAAUAAUUCGAACACAAGCGUUUGGAAAACUCGCGACAAAGUUCGUCACUUUUUCAACUCAGUUUAGGUGGCGCGUAACAUUUUUUUUAAAUGUUUAUUUAGAAAAAACGUAUUACUACUUUGAGUGACGAGUCCAAAUUUGGCGUUAAUGUCAGUUGACUUAAUCCAAUGGGACGAGCCUGUCUUGCUGUCUAUACAUAAUUUAACGAUAAAACAACCUCUUUGAAGUGCUUUCUAUCUUAGCUUUAUCUACAAUUGGGAACUCAUUUCUCAAUGUGUAUAUCAAUUUCGAUUAUUGUUUAGCCGGCAAAAGCUAAGAACUACGAUUCUGGAGCAUUCGCCGGAGAACACAUCUUCAUUCCUUCCUCAAUGUAUAGUUGAUCCUUCUAUCUUGUAGCAACUCUCAGACACAGGGUCAUUGGGUUUAUGUUUCGUCCUACCCGACAAAUACACUGACUGGAAUCUGCCAGACAGGAACAAAACAUUUACCAAAAGCGAAUAAUCGUAAAUCAUAGAAGACUUACCUGUAAGUCUCUGAAAUAAAAAUACCCAGUUCCACUACCACUUCACCCCCAGUGAAAAAUGGCGUCGAACAUUCGUAAACAACAAAAAGAGGAAAGGGAAAUGCCUCCUUCUAAGUUUCCACGAACAAAGGAAUACCGCGAAAACAAGCUAACAGAUGCUGAUCAGGAAUCUUACAAAAAUUUCUCUGCUGUUAAAAGGAAAUUUGAUGAUGAGGAAGAAUUUGGUUGCAUAAUACAUGGCUACCUCAAGAAGUUAGGUGGUCCAUUUCCUUCAUCAUGGCAAACUCGAUAUGCUCAACUUUAUUUUAACAGGUUAGAGUUACAUGCAGAAUCUAGUAGUGUCAGACCAGAGCUGAUAUUCAUAGAUCAGAUUGAAGAAGUUGUAGCAGAUUAUGUUAUGGUGAAUGGGAAACAAUGUAUUGUAUUAAAAAUGAAUGCUGAAAAAUGCAGGGAUGCAGAAAUUGUUCUAACGAAUCCAGAUGAAAUUGCUCUGAAAGAAUGGCUGACAUCUCUUGAAUCCACUUAUAAGAAUGCCUUAGAAUUACUGGCAACCAUGGCAAAGAAGGCUGAUGAUAUUUUUACAGCACUUAAUAUUCAAUACUAAUGGCAAUUGAUUGAUGUUGAAAUGCAGCCACGUCUGCUUGUUAGAGAAGCAUCAUCUGUCUUGAGCAUCCAUCUCAGCUUUGUAAAUUAUUUUGUAGUUGUUUGGUAGUAUGCUUGAUUGUAUGAAGCACCUUUCCUAAUUUCCAAUAUUGUCCUUCUUGUGACCAGAGCCAACUGGAAGAAAGAUGAAUCCUGGUUUUUUUCCAUUUCAAUUCCCUAUGUAAUGUAUGUUGCCUAAACGUCUUGUACAGCAUGUCAACAGGUAGCUGUUCUGUUAAAGCAUGUGCUAUGAGUCAAAGUUUAAUGUUCUUUUGAGCCAUUGUUAGAAAGGAGAAAAGGUUUAUGUUUUGUAUUAAUGAAAUGGUGUCUUGCAUGGUUAAUUGCUGUCUAAUCUCAUAGACUAUAAAUUUGUAAUUUACUUAACACUAUAAUAUCUGUAUAUUUGUAAUAAUGUGGAGCCAAAGUACUUAUAUAGUGUAUAAAUAUUCUUGAAGUAUCUAUUAAAAAUUUUUAAUUUUUGUUAGUCAGAUUUUUUUUCUUUUUCAAUCAUCUUGUAAAUUUUAUAAUUUUAUCAACUUUUACUGGAAAUUAAUGUUGUGAUAUUACUUGCAGCCAGUAAAUUAAAAUUUUUUUGGAAGUUUUCUCAAAAAACAGUACUUUUUUUAAAAAUAUAUCCACAGGUGUUCUGAGAUUUAUCUACCACGUUAUGCUAUUGAUGUAAAUAUUUUUAUGUUAUAUUUUAUGUUUAAUUGAGAAUUGGCAAAUUCGUAUCACAAUAUUUCUUUUUCUUUUUUUUAUCCGAAUUAUUGCUUAGGUACUAUUUUUUUAAUUUUAAAAGUUUGUUAUAUUCUAUUUUAUACAUAUAUUUAUAAUUAUGUUCAUAUGUCAUCAUUGUAUAUACAUAGAUCAUUAAAUUUUAUAGUUAAAAAUCUUUUCAUUGUAGUGUAUAUAAUUUCAAUUUUUUUUUUUAGGAAAGAAAUUACUUAACAGAUUUGAGGCAUACUCAAAGCAUUUGUGCAGCUUUUCAAUGAGAUUGAUUUCUUUCUGUUGGUAACAAUUAUAUUAAAUGUAUUGUAUUUAGAAAGGGGGAAAAAUCAUAAUACUUAAUAUGGUAUCUUUCUUCUCUUGUCUGAUUUAUAUUUUAAAUGUGAAAUUACAUAAGUCCUGUUUUAUUUUUUAAAGAAAACAACUUGUAAAUUAGAUAGCUGAGGUCUGGCUUUUAUAUGUAACAGUUUUUGUCAUUAUAUCAUAAAAGAUCAAAGGCCAAUUGCCUAUUUAUUAAAUGUAAUAUAUACAUAUGAGA